AUGGCACGUGGCCGAUCCAGGGACCUGCUCCUCGCUGCCGUCCGAUUCGCCUCACGGCGUGGCGGUGUUAGAUCCAACGGCUCAGAUCGUCGCGUUGGUCCCGCGCACUCCGCUUCCGCCGUGCUUUCGCGAAGCACCUGCAACGCGCCAAGCUCGAUCCCUCUCCAGGAAUCGUGGGCAAUUUAUCACGGUGCAAAACGGUUACCGGCGCUACAAACCGCUGCUUUUGCUUCGGGAGGAGGGGUUUGGUUUGUCGAACCUCCAGCGCUAGGCUCGGAUGUGGCAGGAGCGGGAGUGAGGCGGUAUGCGUCGCAGGCCGCGAGCGCCCCGGAGGAGGGGAAGGAGCCGUGGCGCGCAGGCAUGGAGAAGAUUCGCAACAUCGGAAUCUCAGCACACAUCGACUCAGGCAAGACGACUCUCACGGAGAGAGUGUUGUUCUACACGGGGCGCAUUCACGAGAUCCAUGAAGUGCGGGGGCGGGACGGUGUGGGCGCCAAGAUGGACUCGAUGGAUCUGGAGAGGGAGAAGGGGAUCACCAUUCAGUCUGCUGCCACUCACUGCAUGUGGGGCGACCAUCAGGUGAACAUCAUCGACACGCCAGGCCACGUGGAUUUCACCAUCGAGGUGGAGCGGGCUUUAAGAGUGCUCGACGGGGCUAUUCUGGUGCUGUGCAGCGUUGGGGGCGUGCAGAGCCAGUCCAUCACCGUGGACCGACAGAUGAGGCGAUACAGUGUGCCUCGUCUUGCAUUCAUCAACAAGCUGGAUCGCACAGGAGCAGAUCCCUGGAAGGUGGUGGGGGCUCUGCGGUCGAAACUGAAGCUCAACGCUGCCGCGGUGCAGAUCCCCAUCGGCUUGGAGUCGGACCUAGAGGGUCUGGUCGACCUCGUCUCCAUGUCCUCCAUUUACUUUGACGGCGCCAGUGGAGAGAAGGUUCGCAGAGAAGAGGGGAUACCGGAGAAUCUCAAAGAUCAAGCAGAGGAGAAGCGGCACGAGCUGAUAGAGCACCUGUCGGAGGUGGACGACGAAAUUGCCGAGAAGUUUCUCAACGACGAGCCGAUUUCGGCAGAGGAGCUGCAGGCUGCUGUGCGCAGGGCCACCCUGGCAUUGAAGUUCGUGCCUGUGUUCAUGGGGAGCGCAUUCAAGAACAGGGGGGUGCAACCGCUGCUGGAUGGAGUGGUGGACUAUCUGCCGUGCCCCACAGACGUGGCCAACCAUGCCCUUGAUCAAUCCAAAGCGGAGGAGAAGGUGCCUCUAGCAGGGGACCCCAACGGCCCCUUGGUGGGCCUAGCCUUCAAGCUGGAGGAGGGGAGGUUCGGGCAGCUCACUUACCUGAGGAUCUAUGAGGGAACGUUGCGCAGAGGGGAAUUCAUCAUCAACUGCAGCACGGGGAAGAAAGUCAAGGUUCCUCGCCUGGUGCGCAUGCAUGCAGACGACAUGGAGGAUAUUCAAGAGGCAGGCGCAGGGGAGAUUGUGGCCAUGUUUGGAGUGGACUGUGCCUCUGGCGACACCUUCACGGAUGGCUCGGUGCGCUUCACCAUGACCAGCAUGAACGUACCCGAGCCUGUCAUGUCGCUCUCCAUCUCGCCGGCUUCCAAGGACGGCGGUGCUCAGUUCUCCAAGGCACUGAACCGCUUUCAGAAGGAAGACCCCACGUUUCGAGUCAGCAUGGACCCUGACAGUGGCGAGACCAUCAUUUCGGGCAUGGGUGAGCUGCAUCUGGACAUCUAUGUGGAGCGAAUCAAGAGAGAGUACAAGGUUGACACAGUGGUGGGCAAGCCGCAGGUGAACUUCCGAGAGACGGUCACACAGAGGGCUGAGUUUGACUACACGCACAAGAAGCAGAGCGGAGGGCAGGGGCAGUACGGGCGAGUCAUCGGCUACAUCGAGCCUUUGGAGGAUGCAUCGGGUUCCGACUCCAAAGUGGUGUUUGACAAUGAGAUUGUCGGCACCGCCAUCCCAUCCAACUUCUUUGCAGGCAUUGAGAAGGGCUUCUUGGAGGCUGCCAACAGUGGAGGGCUCAUCGGCCAUCCAGUGGUGAACAUUCGCUGUGUGCUCAAUGACGGUGCCUCCCACGCAGUCGAUAGUAGUGACUUGGCCUUCAAGCUCGCAGCCCUCUAUGCCUUCAGACAGUGCUAUGAGAAGGCACGGCCUGUGAUUUUAGAGCCAGUGAUGGCAGUGGAGGUGAAGGCUCCGGUGGAGUUUCAAGGAACGAUCAUUGGGAACAUCAACAGGCGCAAGGGCAUAAUAGUGGGCAGUGAGCAGGAUGGGGACGACAUAACCAUCAACGCUCAGGUCCCACUGAACAAUAUGUUUGGCUACUCCACUGACCUUCGCUCCAUGACACAGGGUAAAGGGGAGUUCACUAUGGAGUACUGGCAGCACAGUGCCGUGCCUCAGGAUGUGCAGCAACAGCUGGUGUCCGAACACAAGAGGGGAGGGCACUAG